GACAGAUUUCAUUCAGCGAGCAACUGCUCCGAGGACAACAACACACUACCUCCAUUCUGUCCCGUGCUGCUGCUCUGCUGUGGAACAAAGAAAACCAGCAUUUAACAAAGAGCCAUAACAAGCAACGCCACAAUGGGAGUCUAAACCGGACAGGAUUCACGUUUUGUUUUUGUAGAUUUGGACUGGACUCGCAGGUUUUGCUUAUUGACUUGUGACGAUAUUUUGGCCGUAGGUGCGCCGCGUGAUCAGCGGAUGGACAACAUGUCCGUAACCAGAGGCGUCCAGUCCGCGCCGGUGAUGCCGGCAGGGCGGUCUUUAGUUUCGUCCCUGCCGCCCCCCAACCGAGUCCCCGCGUGGCACUAGAAGCCUUCGCAGCUCAAAGCCGCGGCCCCCUCUUCCUCCGCCUCCUCUUCCUCUCACCCGGCCGUGCCAUGACGUCGUCGGACAGCGACGAGACCGGCAGCGAUCUCUCGGAAUCGCCGGAGAUCCUCCGGCUCCAGGACCGGUACGUGGACUCGGAAGGCUGCUUCAAGUCCAAGAGCCUACCCAUCUUGAACGGGCCCCGCCGGACGGACCGCGAGGCGGUUCACGCGGACGAGGGCCGCCAGCUCCGGCCUCAACCCCCCGAGUCGCCCUCCUCCAGGACGGACUUCUCGCCGUCUGUGUCCAGCGUGGUGGGGCUCGGCAGCGGCCUACCCGUGGACCCCCGCGGGGCGGCCGGGGGCAAGAAAGUCGGCUUGUCCCUGUCCCGCCUUAUCCGCGUCCCGGCCGGGAAGUAUGUGCGCGUUAUCCUCAGAGAUUCGCGCUGCUUCCUGUUCUGCAUGUGCUACCUGACGUUUAUCCAGUCCCUGAUGGUUUCGGGCUACCUGAGCAGCGUCAUCACCACCAUCGAGAAGCGCUACAGCCUCCGCAGCUCCGAGUCGGGCCUGCUGGUCAGCUGCUUCGACAUCGGCAGCUUGCUGGUGGUGGUCUUCAUCUCGUAUUUCGGCGGCCGGGGCCAGAGGCCGCGCUGGCUGGCCGUCGGCGGCGUGGUCAUCGCCGUGGGGGCGGCGCUCUUCUCCCUGCCCCACUUCAUCUCGCCGCCCUACCAGAUCCAAGAGAUGAACGCGUCGGCGGCCCACGAAGGGCUCUGCCUCGGCGGCGGCCGGGAGGCGGCCGACGCGGCCUCGUGCCCUCGCGACCCCGAAGGCAACGGACACGACCUCUACGUGGCUCUGUUCAUCUGCGCCCAGAUACUGGUGGGCAUGGGCUCCACGCCCAUCUACACCCUGGGGCCCACCUACCUGGACGACAACGUCAAGAAGGAGAACGCGUCUCUCUACCUGGCCGUCAUGUACGUGAUGGGAGCCCUGGGCCCGGCGGCCGGUUACCUGCUGGGAGGCGUCCUCAUCGGUUUCUACGUGGACCCCAAAACCGCGGUCAACAUCGACCAAAGCGACCCUCGCUUUGUCGGCAACUGGUGGAGCGGCUUCUUGCUGUGCGCCGUCGCCAUGCUCCUGGUCAUCUUUCCCAUGUUCGCCUUCCCCAAAAAGUUGCCGCCGCGCCACAAGAAGAGGAAGAAAAAGACGGGCUCGUCGCCCGGCGGCCUGUGCGGCGAAGACGGCGUGAUGAAGGAGAAGUCCGGCAGCAAGGGCAAGAACGUCUCCUCCUCCAUCGGCUUCGGGAAAGACAUCAAGGACCUCCCCGAGGCGGCGCUGAGGAUCCUCAGCAACGUGACCUUCCUGUUCGUCAGCCUGUCCUACACGGCCGAGUGCGCCAUCGUCACCGCCUUCAUCACCUUCAUCCCCAAGUUCAUCGAGUCCCAGUUCGGCAUCCCCGCCUCCAACGCCAGCAUAUACACGGGUCUGAUCAUCGUGCCCAGCGCGGGCGUGGGCAUCGUGCUGGGCGGCUACAUCAUCAAGAAGCUGAAGCUGGGCGCCCGCGAGUCGGCCAAGCUGGCCAUGAUCUGCAGCGGCGUGUCGCUGCUUUGCUUCUCCACGCUCUUCAUCGUGGGCUGCGAGAGCAUCAACCUGGGAGGCAUCAACAUACCCUACACAACCGGUCCGACGCUGACGCUGACGCAGAGGAAUCUGACGGGAAGCUGCAACGUCAACUGCGCCUGCCGCAUCCACGAGUACGCGCCCGUGUGCGGCUCCGACGGCAUCACCUACUUCAACCCCUGCCUGGCCGGGUGCAGCGCCGUCGGCAACGACAGCGGCGGGAUGAGGAACUACACGGAGUGCGGCUGCGUGCAGAGCCGGCAGGUCAUCACGCCGCAGUCGGGCGGCGGCCCCGUCAAUCGGCUGCGGCUGGUCAUCGUCAAGACGUACCUGAACGAGAACGGCUUCGCCGCCUCGGGGAAGUGCGACCGCACGUGCAACACGCUCGUCCCCUUCCUCGUCUUCCUCUUCAUCGUCACCCUCAUCACCGCCUGCGCGCAGCCCUCCGCCAUCAUCGUCACGCUCAGGUCGGUGGAUGAACCAGAGAGGCCUUUUGCUCUCGGCAUGCAGUUCGUCCUUCUCAGAACUCUCGCGUACAUCCCGACGCCGAUCUACUUCGGCGCGGUGAUCGACACCACCUGCAUGCUGUGGCAGCAGGACUGCGGCGUGCCCGGCUCGUGCUGGGAGUACGACGUCACCGCCUUCCGCUUCGUCUACUUCGGCCUGGCCGCCAGCCUCAAGUUUGUGGGCUUCGUCUUCAUCUUCCUCACGUGGUACUCCAUCAAGCACAAGGAGGAGCGCUCGGAACGCUGGCGGCCCCGCCCGCCGGCGUCGCCGCCGCCGCCGCCGUUACUGCCGGGCGCCGUCGGCGAGCCGGUCGGCCGCCCCGGGGGCCGCAAGAGCCACGCGCGCACGCGCUCCUGUCCCGUCUUCGUCCCGCCGGCGCGGCCCGGGGCCCCCGCGGCCGCCGCCGCGCUGCCGCUGUGCCGCGGCGGCCUCAAAGCAAUAACGCCCGGAGGCUCGGCCCGCGCCUGAGCCUUCGAGAAGCGCAACGCGGCUCUCCCGCGCCUAUCCGAGGCCUGACUGACACGCCGCCGUCAUGGUGCUAACUCAUGUCACACUCAAAGCACAAAGUGUGUUCUAUGCAAGAUCCCAACUCCAAGAACACGGCUGUCCCGUCCCAAAGAUGUGAUCCAAAACCCGCCGGAAAUAAUCCGCAGUUUGUCUCCUUAUUAUUGCGGUGACGAUUCACGAUUGUAUCAUGUACGGAACGCCGUUCGGAGGCUUGAACGAGCAGACCUUCGUUCGCCCGAGGCGCCUACGCUUAAUUCAAGUAACUUGUGACAUUUUCCCAAUGUUACCUAUCAUAUCACAAUCCAGUGGUGCCUUGAGAUACGAGGAUCUGUUCCCAUCGGCCUUGCCGGGAUAAAGAAAGUUUGGCAAAUUUGUGGUCACGGAACAAAUUCAACUUGUAUCUCAAGGCACCACUGUAAAGCCCUAAUUGGAUAUAAUUUUUUUCUUUAUGCCCGCUCGCCUCACACCUGCGAGGUUCUGGGUUCGAAGCUCGGCUACCAGGGUGGCGUUUUCUACGUUGGCUUCUCAGGCUAGCUAGCUCGCAUGUCAACAAACCUGCUCAAACCUUUUCAGCCCCUAAAAACCUGCAAAAAUAGAUCACAAUAGUAUUGACAUAUUGUACAUAAGCAUAAUGUUAAACACAUUUACUAGUAAUUAAAAAAACAAAAAAAAAGAGUAUUAAUAUUGUUGCAAAUUUUCAAUUGGUCUGUUAAAAGUAGUUUUAAUUUCACUCUGGUGUGACUUAAAAUGUAGAUCAAACAACUGCGUGAUGGUCUUGUAAAUAUUGAUUAUAAUUAUCAUGAAGUGCAAAUAGUGUAGAGCGUAGAUGAAGCGUAUUUAUGAACCAACAUUUCAAGACAAAGCUACAAAAUUGAGUUGUCUCUCGCAGUGCCUGAACAGUAUUAUUGUCAAGUUCGGCCGACAGGAGUACUCUACCCAUAAUGCACUUCUCUCCCCUCAGUGAACUACCCUUUUUUUGGUUACAGAUUUGUAAAAGCAGCAGCAACAUAGAGCAUAGAGCGAUCAUGACGACGAUUAUUAUUGUUUUUGCGGUAGAGUAUUCCGAAAAGCUCUUAAUUAAGAAUUGCGUCGUCGGUGUUCCUCAGGAGCAGAAAAGUGUCCCGUCCAUGUUCAUUUUUUUUGUCUUUGUGAAUGUUUGCUUUCCAAAUGACUUGAAUACAUCGGUGGUAUUUGUCAAUAAAAAGUCAACAAUAUGGCUCACGCGCAUCCAGUGUUGCCUUGCGGUAAUUUGGAUUUUAAUGAGGAAUAGUCAGAAUGUUCCAAACGACAACCUGACAGAGUCGGAUUUUGGAAACCGUAAAGGUGAAGUGAGUGAAUUUAAAACAAUAAUGAGUGACUGAAUCAUUUGCAUUAUUUGGUGAUUACAUCACCUUUGAUGAGUCGGAUGCUGCUGAGGAAAAAUACAAAGACACAAGUGGCACAAAGAGUUAAACUAAUUCAAUCAACUCAGAAACAAGAAAUUGGGGCUUCAAAACAGGUUCAGGGUUUCAUGGUGGGGUUUCGAAACAGGGUUGGGGCUUCAAACUAUCCAUCCAUCCUUCCAUCGCUUAACCGAGUUAGGGUCAUGGGGGCAGUAGCUUUAGGAGGGAUGCCCAGACUUCCCUCUCCCCAGCCACUUCAUCCAGCGCUU